CAAAAAAAAAACUGCUGAUUAUGACAAUACACGAAAUUCGACUUUAAAAAUUAAGGUUAAGGUUUGCUGUAAUAAUACACACAAUGCUUUAAUAAUAGGUUUAACCUUGAGCUUGCAAAAACUGAUUCGUUUUUUUUAUCAUGGUCUGCGACGUCACGCACCAGAUUGACCCCAGCGCCAAUCGAAAGCGCUCUAUUUUGGUUCAAUUUCUGUGGUUAAUUCAACGGUAAAUCGCUGAUCAAGUCAUCUGUGAAUCGUGCACAAUAAACAAAAGAAUUGUGAAAUUGAAACGUCAGUCAUUUUCCAAUUUAAAAGUGAAUGAACCGAUAAAAGGAGGCAAAAUGACCGAUCAGGAGGCGCAAAUCAGGAAGCUCAAACAUGCGUUGGAGCACUGGAAGGAGAUAGUCCUUCUCGGGAAGAAGGUUUUUAUUUGGGACAAACAGUGGCACCCCACUGCGCUCGUCGGGGGUAGCACGAUACUGUUCACGUUUUUGUGGCUGCUGGACCCCAGUAUUUUAACUGUAGUUUCAGUAUUUGGUUUAGUUUUGACGGUUUGUGACUACAUGAUUCCCACAAUUGCGAGCUCGUUUUUUAAACCCGAGAAAUGGACAAGUCGGAAGGAGCAGGAGUUUGAGGAGUUGUGCACCAGCAUUGUUUUAUAUAAGGCGAAGAUAGAGUUGGCGUGGGGGCGCUACUAUAGAAUGAAGAACACCAAUAGAAAAAUGUAUUUUGGUUUGACAAUCGUGUUUUUGAGCUUGCUGGCGUAUAUUGGAUGUUCUUUUAAUAAUCUGUUCAUAGCGUAUGUUUUGGUUACGCUGUUGAUGCUGUUUCCGGGUAUGGAGCACAAGGGCAUGAUACGGAGAUGCAGUGAGCAAAUACACAAUUUCGUGACGGAGCUUUUGAGACAAGGCAAAUCAAAAUUGCCAGAGAAAAAAGAUUAAUUUGCUCAAACUAUUAAUAUGAAGUUGUGUGAUACUUUGGACUGAUGUAAUUUAACUGUAGUUUUAUACAAAUAAACAUUUUUGUAAUUAAAAA